AGUGUCAGCAUGCAGCAUGUCUAAUCAGUGUUGCUCGUGAAAACCAAGCAUAUAAAUAUUGCCAUCUCACACCCAGCAGACCUCCCAGUGCCCCAGGGGCCCCUGGCACGUCUCGGAUCAAGCAUGGCACUGGGCUCUUUUGACUUUGGCAAGUGGUCUGAAGGACUGGGGGGCUCCCAGGGGCCCAGAUCUAAUGUGUUUUGAACCAACGAGCGCCAUAUUCUGGAGAAAAUCCGCCAGUGUAGUUGGUUUUGCGCUUGACUGAGCUUGCAGUAAGAUUGCAUUUUUAUUUCUCGCGAAUAACGGGUUGGAUUCAGUAGUUUCACGUAUUAAUGACUGAAAGUGCCAUUGGUUUGAGGAGAGGAGCCAGCAGAGGCAGAGCAGCCCGUGUGCGCAGCCCAUGUGCGCGGUGUGGAGCAGCGAGUGUCCGCGUCCGUCCGUCCGAGCGUUUGCUGAGUCAGGAGGCAGUGGCACCACCGCUCGCUCGGGUCUUUCUUGUUUUCCUAGCUAUUCUUAUCUCGUUGACCCAUGAGCUUUGACGUUUUGUUCAAGUGACGUCUGGUUUUAGCGCUCGGAUCGUGCCAUGCGUCCCGGGAAGCACCGGAUCCCUGUUUUUUCGCAGGAGUAUGAACUUGUUCCCUCUAGCGCAGGAUCCGCUGGAUCUUUUCCGCCUGGAUGUGUGUGUUUACAGACGGAUCGCUGCGCACCUGACACUCUUUGACUUCCACGGCGCGUGUUUAAUGAAUGAACCGCUGGCUUUUUUCUCAUCGAGCUGAGGGAUUGUACCGUGUCCGACCUUCAUUGCGGAAAAACAGCCGGAGACUGAUGUGAAAGCCCGCCGCUGAAGUACGUGCUCCGCGAGCCUUGAUCCAGCGCGCGGCUGUUGUGAUCAUGUCUGUCCACAUAGUGGCCUUGGGUAGUGAGUGUCCUGGGGGUGUCGGGCCUGGGGAUGAGACGACCAGCUCAGGACAGAUUCAAGGCGGUCUGUUGUGGAGUUACCUGGGCCACGGUGCUCGAGAACUAGAUCCAAACUCCAUGACACCAUCAAGGCAUCCCUUAAACCCUGCAUUUAUGGAGUACCAGUCAAGAGUAAUGGGGGACGUCAGAGUGAUGGUGCGGGAUUGUCCCAGCUGGGACAUUUUGGACAGUGACUGGGUGAGCGUGAGGAGCAUUCUGGAGCAGGCUGACAUCGUGGUCAUUAAAUACUCGGUAAACGACAAACUGGCCUUUCAGCAGGUCCGAAACGGCUACGCCCCAAGACUUCGACCUCUUCUCCGGCAUUGGGGUGUUCCUGUGAUUCUGGUAGCGGUGGGGGCGAGGCUUAACGAUGAAGGUCCGCCGUGCACAUGUCCUCUGUGUGCGUCCGACUGGAGCAGCUGUGUGCCCCACAGCGAGGGGCUCCAGCUGUCCAGGGACCUCGGAGCUACGUACCUGGAGCUGCCCUCUCUAAACAAUUUUUUUGUGGGUCGUUACUUCGGCAGUGUGCUGGAAUACUUCAUGAUUCAGUGUCUGAAGCAGAAAGCCAAAGAGCGGCCAGACAAAAGGCGGGGUCACCGUCUGAACGAGCCCCGCCCCCCUCAUUUGGACCAGCCAGCUCGUCUCCCCCCAGUAAGAGUAGAAGAGUCCAGCUUCUCGCAGGACCUGCAGUGGCUUCUGGAACGCGGCGUUCAGUUCGCAGAUGUGGCUUUUUACGCCGGGGAGUCUGGGAAGGAGCUGGGCUGGGCUCACGCGUCUGUCCUUUGUGCUGUCAGCCCGUAUUUCAGGCAGCUGCUGGUGGGACGGCAGGCCUGGGAGAGACCCGUGUCCCGCUGCACCUGCCGGGACAGAGAUGGCCCUCAUUCGCUUCUGUCCACCUGGGACGGAGGUGUGGAUGAUCUGCCUCGAGCAGAUGGGCAUCCGCCGGGACACCUCUCUCGCCUGGUGGUGAAGGACCCGCUGCUGUGUUUGUGCCUGUGGGAGACGUUAAUGUUCCUGUAUAGAGGAGCCUGGGAAUGGGAAUACCUGGAGGAAGCCAUCGCUGAAAAACUGAAGAACCCGAUGGCCGUGGCUCAACUGAUGGACAGAAUGCGCUCGUUCGUCGGGAGAGAAAAGGCCCCCAGGGACACUCCCACACCCCGCUCUCAACAAGGUCCUAUGACACUGGGAAGCCUCUUCAAUUCCCCUCUGUAUUCUGAUGUCAUCUUUAUGGUGCAAGGAAGUGUGCUGCCAGCACACAGAGCUGUACUUGUGGCCCGCUGUGAUGUCAUGGCUGCCAUGUUUAGUGGGAAGUACGCAGAGGCACGAAGUCGCGUGGUGCCAAUCCACGGAGUCUCCUCUGACACCUUUCUAGCUUUCCUAGAGUACCUCUACACUGACACCUGCUGUCCAGCCAGUGUGCUGCAGGCCAUGGCUAUUCUGGUCUGCGCAGAGAUGUACCAGGUGAAGCGUCUGCAGCACCUGUGUGAGGUGUGUGUGUGCGCGUAUCUUCAGAGCAUGCCCAGUCGAGAGCUCGCGUCUACGGGCAUCAGUGUCAUACGCUUACUGAGGAGAGCAAAGUGUCAUAACGCUGACCAGCUAUACGUCUGGCUCCUCCACUUCAUUGCCAAUAACUACCUGAUCUUCAGCCACAAGCCUGACUUCCUGGAGUUAUCAGACGAGGAGCGCGAGCAGGUGGAGCGUCUGCGCUGGCCCUCCAGAGGUUACCUGCAGGAGCUCAGCGAGUACCAGCAGCGCAGACGGCAGAUCCGCAAGUCUCGCUGCAGCAUCAUGUGACCCCUUCUUAACGCCCUGCGGACCGGAAGGGAGGGCGAAAAACACAGAAUGGGAAUUGGAGAUGCACUUACAUACAGGAUGAAAGAGACCUUUGUUUGACAGUGAAUUCUGAAGUACUGUAUUUACAUGAACUCUGACCUCUGACCCUGUGAUAUAAAGUGGACAGCUUGAUCCUAUGCGCUGAUGUCAUACAGAUUUCUUCUAUGUGAAUAGUACUGUAAUCUUCUGUGUGAACGCUCACGGCUGAUUGGUGCAAUAAACCUCCUCUGCGAUGGAUGAACUUUAAAGUAUUAAACAGGGUAGGGUCGAUCUUAUACUCCCUCCAGAGAUUGAUAUCUCACUCUCAUGGUCAGCCAUGGUGACAUUUCUUUCUUUCUGAAUUCUGUGGUUACUUUUGGCAAUAUAACUUGAAUAAACUUCCAAAUAUUUAUUUAUUUUUUCUUCCCCCAUGAGAUUAAUUUGAAUCUGAUGCAACUAUUUUUGUAACAUGUACAUCUGAGAUUUUUAUUUCAACUAAAAAAAAAAAUGUGCGAAGUACACAUCCAGCAUGUGGAUGGUCUCUUAGUGCAGUCGGUGUGGUCGACGUAGAGCCAGUUGUGGCUGUCUUUAGACUAGUCCUGUUAUGUUGACCCUCAUCUCAUGCUGAAUAAAGACAUUUUAGAAGGAU